UUGAACAGAGAAGGUGUUUUUUAAAAUGUUAAUUGUUGGUGAGGAGUGUAUUAGAGAAAGAGUUAAAAAAGGACUUAUUUACUAUGAUGUUUUAAUGAUCAUGUUAGGCUGCCAGUGUAUAUAUAUAUUUAUUAUCCAUACCACAUUUAUCUUUUUUGUCUUAUAUGUUCUAUGUUAUUAUGUUGUCUUUCUCUUAGAGAAUAUAAAGAAUGGGAACACCUAAAGAAUCAUUAAGGGGGAAGAAUUUAUAUGAACUAGAUUCAAAAGUAAAGAAAUAUGAAGAUUUUUUAAACGACAAAUUAAAAUCAGACCUUCAAAGCGUUCACAAGGAACGAGAUGCGAUAUACAAACAAAUUGCAGAGUAUAUGCAGCUGCAAAGAGUUAUUAGUACAAUUAAACUCAUGCAACAGGAAAAUAAAGGUACCAGUAAAGAACACAUAUUAAAAACAAAAGUUGAUUUAGGUUGUAAUUUUUACUGUACAGCAAUUGUGAACGACUGUUCAAAGUUAUAUGUUUUAAUUGGUUAUGGUUAUUUCCUGGAAAUGACAUUAGACGAAGCAAACGUUUUUGUUGAUAAAAAAAUCAGGACAUUGACAUCAAAAGCCGAAUUGUUCACUAAAGACUCUGCAAAGAUAAAAGCUCACAUUAGACUAGUCAUGGAAGGACUGAGGGAGUUACAACAUUUAACGUUUUCAGAUACGAAGCAAGAAAGAAGAGAUGUGUUUUAAAAAUGUUUUUUUUUCCGUAUAAUAAAAAGGUAGAUUGCACUUUUUUGCUCAACUGCCAUUUAAAAGAACGAAAUUCUUGUGUACAGUAUGACAAGUGUAUUAGUGUAUUGUGGAAUAUAUAUUAUACAACCGUAUAUGUACGUGUGUAAAUGCAUCCACCAAGAGCGAUGUUUUGUGACUAAUGGAGCACAUUUUUUUCUGGCACAACCUUUCACCACUUUUGUGAAUUUGAGUUUUUUCUCAAAAGUGUCAUUUUUUACUUUUAAAUCUAUUUCUUUUCCUGCUUCUCGAAACCUUUUGUUUGAGAAAAUGAUGGGAUCAUUUGCGAAAGUUUAAGCCUGUGAAAUGUUUUUAAUAUAUAUCUUCAGUUCCGAAGGUUUAUGCCUAACACUGUUCUUUUUUUCUUCAUUUGUAAAAGUGAAACGAAUUUUUUGCCUCGCAAAAGUUUGUACCCUGUAUUCAAAACACCAGUGCCGGCUUUGCAGCAUUUUUUAAGAGUCUUAUUGUGCUUUUUUUUAUUUUGUAUAUAUUACUAAACGUUGACUUUUUUAAUUUUCACGUGCCUAAUUAUGUUUAUUUUUAGCAAUAAAUUUGUCGCAAUCAA